CGCGCUUCUGGCUCCAGAGCUAAUCGCUCUAAUCGUCGGAAGCGGGGGCGGGAAGAAUACGACGCCGAUGCUAAUGCUAAUGCGCCUUUGAGAGCACAAGGCAGCUACAGUUCCUCGAAUAGGUCGCGCAUGACGACUUCUACAUCUGUCUCGAGAGUCCGGGGUAAAGGACUGGACGUUAAAGGCAAGGGCAAGGCUCGAGAGAUCGACUAUGAUGGCGAUGAAACCUAUUCGGCUGGCCGAUCUCCGAAACGCGUGAGGUACCUUCGUGAAGAAGUGGACGAGAACACUGCACCGUAUGCCAGGGACAAGGGCAAGGCUCGCGCGGUUUAUUUCGAGGAAGGCGAGCCCGACUCCGCGAGUCGCCCUCCGAAACGCACAAGAGAGUCUCGUGGAGAAGAUGUGGACGCCUAUGCUGGGCCGGGUGCGGGGCCGUCCCCCAAGAGGCGUCACAUCGAGCCCGAGGCUGUAUCUCCUCCCCGAGCUCGGACUCGUUCUCAAACUCGCUACCAGGCGCAGCGUCUCCAGCAGGCGAGCGGCCAUUUACGCCUAGGUACCAUUUCGGAGGCACAGUCAGGCGCUGCCCUUGGCAGCAACGGUAACGGGCCUGCUCAGCCUCCCCAAACCAUGCCCGGUACUAUUCCUCUCACGCGCCCUCGCAGGAUAUCUCAACUCGUCCAUCCCCAGAACGUGCCUUCGCGUUUGACUACCGGUCCUCAGGAACAACAUGUCUCUCCCCGGAACGGCGAAGUCAGCGAAACCUCCUCCCAACUUCCAACUACCGUCCGUCAGCGCCCUCGUAGAUUGUCUCAAUUGCUUAACCCGCAUAACGUGGCACCGCAGGUGACUGCGGGUAUCCAGGAGCAGCAAGCUGUCGUCUCGCACGAAGAUUUGGUCUCUCAGCUUCUUGCGUCGGCAGCCCGACGUCGUUCCAACAUACAGGCGCAUACUCGGCAGCAGGCUCCGCACGAUCAGCUUGUUAUUGAUGCAUCGCAUGCGAACGAUGCGCCUCAGGAGCAGUCCGUCGCCCCCGCAGUCGCAAACGUUGAACGUGCUCCCCGAGCCCCCGAGCCUCGAAGGGCCGCCUCUCGUUCUGAUGCUCAUCAUCAAGAUAUACCCUCCCUCGCCGAAGCUGAAUCAUCCCGUUCUCGCCUAUCACCAGUCCGCGAAGAUCAAACCGGAAACGCGGAGGUCAAAACGAGCGAAAGCCCCCAGCCUCAAGCGAGGCGCCGUCCUGGGAGGCGCUCGCGCGCUCAAGGUCACCAGGCUGAAGCUGGGCCUUCACAAGCGACUAUCGUCGCCAAGGAAGAGACACCAGCGCCUCAGCAGGCGCCGCCUGCUCCUCGAAGGAGCGCACGAGUUGCCGGAAGGUCCAAUGCGGAAGCGACAGCGGGUCAGUCACAAGUUCCUGCUGCGGGGCCGACCAGGCAGCCUAAGAAACCGACGCGCAAGAAGCGUUCUUGAGCUUUUACAUGUCGAUGUGACACGUCUACCGCUUUCAUAUCUCUAAUAUAUCUAGCGUUUUUGAGACGUUUAAAGUUGAAUCUUGUCUCUACUUACGGUAACUUAUUUAAUCCUCC